CACUUUCAUCCGAGUGCCGCUCCUGAACUCUCAGUUCUCACAUUUUCACAUUAGAGCGCUGUUCGAAAAACCCCUUUGAAAACUGACAAAAUUUUGAGAACUCUUUCGGACUACUGAUCAGAAAUGUCCACCGACGGAAACGAGGCACCACUUAUCAGAGCUCCAAGUGAGCAAACUUCAAUCAACAUGGGACCUCAGGGAAGCAGAUCUAGCAAUCAGGUCCUGAAGGUGGCAGGAGUGACUCUGCUGGCUGGCAUUUUGAUCGCAGGUCAGGCCUUCACUGCCUACAUGGCAUACAACCAGAAGGAGCAGCUCAACGUCCUGGAGAGACGCAGCGACCGCCUGCAUGAGAUCAGCCGCAAGUCUGUCAUGCGUGCCCCCAUGCAAAUGCAUCUCCCAAUGGCCUCCCUUGCUCUGAAGUAUGAGGAUGAGCCUGAGGAGAAGAAGGACUCCUCAAAUCCCAAACCAGAGCUCACCCAGUGCCAGAAGGAGGCUACAGGGGAGAUCAAGACUCUCCUGCCAUCCUUCCGCCCCAAGUGUGAUGAGAACGGAGACUAUCAGGCCCAGCAGUGCUGGGAAGAGACUGAAUGGUGCUGGUGUGUGGACAAGAACGGCGCUGAGAUUCCUAAUUCUCUGACCAACAGCAGUUCUCUUCAGUGUUCAGACUUCAAUUCUGCUGAUAAAAUGGUGAUGGUGCCUCUGGUGGGGACAGAUGGCCAGUGAAGAGGAGCAGUGAGGAGCAUUUAAAACAUAAAUAUCACUUUCUGCCAUUUUGAACUUUAACAGUUGUACUUUCACAUUCACUUUAGAUUAAUGGCUUGGUUUGAGGUAAACAUCUUCAGUCAGUUGAUUCAGAUAUUUUGAUGUCACAAUAGCAGAAAUCUCAAAUAAAGUUAAUUGUGUUUUGUAUUGUACUGGUAAUUAUUACAGACUUUAGUAGAUUAGCUUCAGCAGUGUUGACCUUUAAUGAAAAACUUUAACUUGAUAGAACUGUACUAUUGCUUUUUUUAUUUUCAUUUCUUUUUUCAACUAACCUUUAAUGUCCUUUUAUUGUGAGUGUACUAAGAGAGAUAUGUAAUAUACAGAAGGAUGAAACUGGAUGAUGGAUAGCUAACAAAGAUGGACAAUAAAUUAAUUACUAACUA